AUGGGCGAAAAUCCAGAUAUAAUCCACCACAAUGACAUCGACAAGACCCGCCUUGUCGAGUCAACUGCUCAACCCAUGAACAUCGUCUGCAACGCUCAGCCAUUUGGCGGCGGCCCAGGUGCAACCCUCAUGGCCGUCAUGCCGUACUUACGCAGCCGGCUAAAGUCUCUGGGUCCUGUAGCACUGCAUUAUGUAGGAUCAAGCCUCACAAUGGACUUUCAGAAACUCACCCAGGCUGACUGGGACGGGUCUUACAAUAUCGACCUCUAUUCAAAUCCAGAGACCGGAAAGAAAGAGCUCGUUUUUCUUUUGCAACAAUUGAAGCCACGGCUUGUUGUGACAUCUAUGGAUGAACUUGUUGCUGCCGCAGCUCAAGCCGCUGGCAUCCCCGUGGUCAUUAUCGACCUGCUAUUAUGGUUCUGGCCUAGUAUUUCUCCUCACUGGCGUCAAGCCGAUAUGGUGAUUGCUGCAGAGUUCUACGGAGUUCAAGAGCGCAUCAUCAGCGAAAAGAUGAACAAUGCUGUGACAGUUCCGCCACUUGGACCACCUCCAAGAACCACUGGAGGUCCUUCCAAAGAUGUUCUCCUCAAUUUCGGAGGAAUGGUCAAUCCUCUAAUGCCAAAGGAAGAGUAUGUUACCUAUGCACGCCUCAUUUAUAGCGCGGCAAAGCGUGCUGUCAGCUUGCGCAAUGCUGCUCUUCCAAAGUCUCAACAUGCCAAGUUGAUCGUGUUAGUGGCCAGCUUGGAUGUGGCACGAGGCAUAGAUCCUCAAGAUCCCGAAGCAGCUCGCAUGGUCCUACCCGAUGAAGCACUAGAUUUGAUGGCCUCGGUGGAACUAGUAUGCUGUACAGCAGGACUUGGCAACUUGUAUGCGGCUGGCGCUGUUGCCAAUGCAGUUUUACUAUUGCCGCCUCUACAUGAAGGUCACGCAAUACAGACACAUUUGGUGAAGAAAGCCGGCGUGUCUGUAGACGCCAUGGAAUGGCAUGAGUUCACAGGUGGUGCACCCAUCAAUUAUUACAAAGGAUCACUGGAAGUCAUGGACGACGUCAGCAGAGCACAGAAGGAGGUCAUCAGCAGUGGUCAGGCUCACAAGGCUUUGACCGAUCGAAUGCUGGCGGCCAUGUUGCGCAGCGCUGCCUCUGCCGGUGACUCCUCAGCUCAAGAUCCGCCACUGCGAGCACUCAUCACUACCUUUGGACAGGAUAAUGGUGAUGCUAUGGCUGCUCGGAUUGUCGAAGUGUUGACAAGGGCUAGGUAG